UAGAUGAAAAUGAAUCAAAUUGGGAACAGACCCAAAGGAAGACAGUAUGGCGUAUCCAGAGGGAGUUGAUUCUUUCUCUCUCCAAAACCCUAUUUAAAUACAGCUUUAGCAACUCCUUUCUCCCAUGCGAUUGUCUUCUCUCCACUCCCCAACACCAACACCACUUGUUUCCUACUUACUUGUGUGUAUUUUCUUUCUUCUGCUUUCUCUCUCCUUUCCUCAAAGCACACAACUAUCUCUUCCUCCAUACCUUGUCUCCCUCACUCUCCCUCAACACCACUACUUUGUGUUCCUCUUCUCAUCUCCUUUUAAGUUGUAUUCCACCCUAAGAGAUAUACAAUAUUCACAUCUUCUUCAAUCCUAGCAAUAUAUAUAAACAUAUAUAUAUAUAUUUGUCUGUGUGUCAAGUAAUUUCAUCAGCUAUAUAUCCUAAGAUGUCUAGCAGAAGGUCAAGAUCAAGGCAAUCAGGAAGUUCAAGAAUAACCGAUGAUCAGAUCGAUGAUCUUGUUACCAAAUUGCAGCAACUUCUUCCUGAGAUUCGUAACAGACACUCCGAUAAGGUUUCAGCUGCCAAAGUCUUACAAGAGACUUGCAACUACAUUAGAAGCUUGCAUAGAGAGGUUGAUGAUCUUAGCGAGAGACUAUCUGAGCUACUAGCAACAACUGACAGCGCCCAAGCUGCCAUAAUCCGCAGUUUACUUAUGCAAUAGAGUUAAGGCUAAUCAAAUUUAUUAGGGUUCAGUCGUUUUGUAAUAGGGUGCUUCUCUAUCUUUUUCUUAUCCCUUUG